AUGUUUCUCGCAGGUAGGUCCAAAGAAGAUCUAACCCAUGUUAAGAACUUCUUAAAAGGAGAGUUUGAUAUGAAGGACUUAAGAGAAGCAAGCAAGGUCUUAGAAGUAAAGAUCCAUAGGAACAAAGAGGAGUCUAUUCCAAGCAUCAAUCAGUCCUCUUACUGUGAGAAGAUCCUUAAAAUGUUCAACAUGAAUGAUGUCAAACCAGUGAGUUUACCUAUUGUUCAGCACUUUAAGCUUUCCUUAGCUAACUCUCCUAAGGAUUCUGACCAAGAACAUCAUAAACAGAUGGCUAUCAUACCCUAUAGUCAAGCAGUCGGAAGCCUAAUGUAUUUAAUGAUUUCUACUAGACCUGAUCUCUCAUAUUCAACUAGCUUAGUUAGUAGAUAUAUGUCUAAUCCUGGUAAGAUACACUGGAAGGCUACUAAAUGGAUCCUAAGGUAUCUAAUUUGGUUUAAAAACUCAAAGUUAGUCUACCAGAGGUCAAUUAAACCAAACCUAGAGCUUUAUGGAUAUAUGGAUGCUGACUAUGCUGGUGAUUUGGACAAAAGAAGGUCCUUAACAAGUUACCUUUUCCUUUUUGGUCCUAAUCUAAUCAGCUGGAAAGCCUCACUACAGCCUAUAGUAGCCCUAUCUACUACAGAAGCUGAAUAUAUGACUUUAAUUGAAGCAAUCAAAGAGGCUUUGUGGCUCAAGGGACUGUUGAAAGACUUUGAAAUAGAUCAAACAGUAGUGAAACUCUACUGUGACAACUAA